AUGGCAACAGGAAGUAAUAAAGGGAAUAAGAAAGCACCUAAAGCAUCUUCACUUAAAGAGAUAGAGAAGAAGAAGAAAAUUAUAUUCAAACCAAUUCUAGAUAAUCCUUAUACUCAAUCAAAUCUAUGGCCAUUUAUAGAACCUCUGAUUGGAUCAAAUAUUUUACAACUUCUUGAAGUGUUACUUUCUCCUAUUGGGAAAUAUAAUUCAUUAGACAAAGACAAUAAAUCAAAGAUUAAUCCACCUGAUAUAAUUAAUGAAGUUAAGUAUGGAUUUAAUUCAAUUGUUGAACAAUUAGAAUUACAAGCAAAACAUUUCCGUGGUAUUUUAAUCAAUAAGAAUAUUGAACAGAAGAAGGUAAUCAAAUAUUUAUUUGUUUGUAAAUAUGAUAUAACACCUACUUUGUUAACCAGUAUGUUUCCAGUAUUAAGUUAUACUUCUUCAAAAGAUGGUCAAAAUAGAGUUAAAUUAAUUCAAUUGCCCAGGGGGAGUAUGGAGAAAUUAUCCCUAGCAUUGAAUGUAUCUAAUACGGGAAUUAUUGGUAUUACUGAAUGUGAACUUCGUGAAGCUAAACCUUUAUUUGAUUUGAUUAAUAUCAAUGUUAAAGAUGUUGAAGUACCCUGGUUACAAGGUUUGUUUGAUCCUGAAGCUAAUCCUCAAUUUGCCGCACCAGCCUUAAGACAUAUUUCUAUUAGUGCUCCAGUUGGACCUCAAAGAAAGACUCAGAAGCAGAAGCAGAAAAUAGCGAAGGAUUCUAAGCAACCCAAAGAGAUGACAUCUGAUCAACAACUACAACAACAACAACAGCAGCAGCAACAACAACAAUAG